AUGGUCGAAUAUGCUCAGGUUCUGCUCUUUGUAGCGUUGUUUAUAUCGGUACCACUUCAAUACUACUUAUCGCCUAGUUCUUCAUCAGAUCUAAAGUUUUACUUAACACAGUAAGUUGGUUUUUUAUUUAUUUUUUCAAAAUUUAGGUUUGUUGAUCAAGUUACGGAAUGGAAGGAUAGUAUAUUCAAAGAGCCAGAAGAGAAGUCUUUCAUUGAUGAAUAUCUGAAUAAGAAGAAAAAUUUUGAAGACGAGAUAUUGGAUUUAACAAAUUUAAAGAUUGAGGAUGGACAUUUUGCAUGUAAGUGCUCUAUUUCUGGCGAAACGUUCGAGCAAUGUCGAUGUUAACCAAGGUUUUUUAUUGUAAAACGUCUACUACAAUGUGUAGCUAUAGUUAUAUUGUUUUAGCAUCUAAAACACCUCGAGAUCCACGUGCUCCAUGGAUAAAAUACCGGGUUGGGCAGGUUUUUCGACAUAAAAAACAUAAAUUUAGAGGUAAGGACAUCAGUUUGAUGUUAAUAUAAGUUUGUUCUAAUUUUUAUUUGUUUAAUAACGGUUUUUGGCUUGAUUUUUAUAUCAAAAUGUUCCUCAAAGUCUGCUUAAUAUGUAUGUAUAAACUGUUUUUAGUUUUUAAUGGGAAACAAAAUUGAUAUACCUUAUUUUAGGUGUGAUAUCAGGCUGGGACGAGAAGUCAAAUGCCCCAAAAUGGUGGUUAAAAGGUGCUUUGAAGGACAAAAAAGUAAGAUAAGUUAUAUAUUAUGAAAGUAAGAUGUUUUGUCGACAAUAUAAGUCAUGUAUUUAGGCUUUAGAGCUAUGCUGUACUUACUAAAACAUUAAAAUUCGCGGCCUACUCUAACAUUUUUUAAAAUGAAGAUUUUUAGGCUUGAAAUGAUUGAAAAUGUAUGCCUUUCUGAAUAACAGUAAAGAUAUUUAAAUAUUGUUUUCAGGAAUGGAUAAACCAACCCAAUUACCUAGUCCUAAUCGACAUGCGGGACAAGCAUCUGCCACAAGUCGCCUACCUAAUAGAGGAGAAUAUUGAAAUCAUUUCGGGUCAGAGCAUUAUCCACCCCAGUUUGGAAAAGCAUUUCGAAGGCUUUGAUGGCUCAGAAUAUCGGCCUCGACCUUGGCUACGUGUAAUAUAUCCGUUCGGGUAG